AGAAUGUUCAAAAGCUUCAUAGAUUCAAUCCUCAAUUGGUUUAGAAGCCUCUUUUGGAAACAGGAGAUGGAGUUGACUCUGGUUGGACUUCAGAACUCUGGAAAGACUACUCUAGUCAAUGUUAUAUCAUCGGGACAGUUUGCAGAGGACAUGAUCCCAACUAUUGGCUUCAACAUGAAGAAGGUCACUAAAGGAAAUGUAACCAUAAAGCUGUGGGACAUUGGUGGACAACCAAGAUUCAGAGGAAUGUGGGAGCGAUACUGUAGAGGUGUCAAUGCUAUUGUAUAUGUAGUCGACUCUGCCGACAGAGAGAAGUUUGAGCAAUCUAAACAAGCUCUGCAUGAUUUGGUAAACAAACCACCUUUGGCCAAGAUUCCUCUGUUGGUUGUUGCCAACAAGAAUGAUUUGCCAACAGCAGCCUCUAUCGAGGAGGUCAUCACAGCCUUUGACCUUAAAUCGAUUCAAGGUAGAGAGGUCUGCUAUUACUCUAUAUCAGCAAAGAACAGCGUUAACAUUGAUAUUACAUUGGAUUGGCUAAUCAAGCACAGUGCCACUGCUUCGAAAUAA